AUGGCAUACCACGCCUCGCUCCUCACGGCCGUCGAUAGCCGCAGCCACGUCCACCUUGUCGUUGGCUCGAACCCGCUGGCAGCUGCCCGCUGCAACCAGAGCUUGGCCGUCGGCGCCAUUCCGAUCCUCGUGGCGCCUGAACCGCCCCAUGGCGCCCUCCUACCUGCUGCCCUCCAGGUCCGCGUUGAUGCCGGCGAGGUACAGUGGGUGCGCGAUGCCGUCUGCACCCACGACCACCUCGAGACCCUCGGCCGCAAGGCCGUUGACGGUUUUGUCGACGCUGUGUUUGUGACCGACCACGACCCGUCCAUCGCCGAGACAGUGUCGUCUGCCUGUCGCCGGCGACGCAUCCCCGUCAACGUCGUCGACCGCCCCGAUCUAUGCUCGUUCUCGCUCUUGUCGACACACGCCGAGGGGCCUCUGCAGAUUGGCAUCACUACCAACGGCAGUGGCUGCAAGCUGGCCUCACGGAUCCGGCGCGACGUGGCCGCCACAUUACCAGCUGGACUGGGCGAGGCUUGUGCACGGCUCGGCGCUCUGCGGCGGCGCAUCCAGGAGGAAGACAGAAAGGCGACCGCCGCGGCAAUCGACAAGCCCACCAGUCCCUUUUUCGGCGAAGACGAUUCCUACGACCAGAGCGCCACCUUCAACCAGCUGGUGCCAUCACCGGAGACACGCGACGCCGGCGCCGCCGAGACGGCCGAGACGACCAAGACGCGACGCAUGCGCUGGCUGGCGCAAAUGUGCGAGUACUGGCCACUCAAGCGCCUGGCCGGCGUGACGGACGCCGACGUCGAGGCCCUGCUGGAAGCAUAUGCCCAGGGCACGGCGCUGCCGCGGGACGCCCCGGCCGUCGACGAGGAGGAAGCGACCGCGGCGCUCCCAGGAGCCGCCGGGACGACGGGCCACGGCCGCAUCAUCCUGGCUGGAUCGGGCCCCGGCCACCCGGACCUGCUCACCCGCGCCGUCCACCAGGCCAUCUUGUCGGCCGACGUCAUCCUCGCCGACAAGCUCGUGCCCCAGGGCGUCCUCGAUCUGAUCCCGCGCCGCACCGAGGUCACCAUUGCCCGCAAGUUCCCCGGCAAUGCCGACGCCGCCCAGGAGGAGCUCAUUGAGCAGGCCACGACCGCUGCCCGCGCCGGCAAGACCGUGCUGCGCCUCAAACAGGGCGACCCCUUUGUCUACGGCCGCGGCGGCGAGGAGGUGCUGCGGCUGCGCGCCACCGGCUUCCAGGACGGGCGCUCGCUGUUUGUGCUGCCGGGCAUCACGUCGGCACUGAGCGGUCCGCUGUUUGCCGGCAUCCCGCCGACGCACCGUGACGCCGCCGACCAGGUGCUCAUCUGCACGGGCACCGGCAAGAAAGGCACGCCGCCCGCGCCGCCGGGCUACCGCGUGUCGCGGACGGCCGUGUUCCUGAUGGCGCUGCACCGCAUCACGGGCCUCGUAGCUGAGCUGACGGCGUACACUGCCGAGGAAGAGGAGAGCACGAACGUGGGCCGCACGCUGUGGCCAGCCUCGACGCCGUGCGCUGUCAUUGAGCGUGCCAGCUGCCCGGACCAAAAGGUCAUCCGGACGACGCUGGAACACGUGGCCGCGGCCAUUGAGCAAGAGGGCAGCCGGCCACCCGGCCUCCUCGUCGUGGGCCGCGCGUGCGACGUGUUGUAUACGCCCAUGGCGGCGGCGGUGCGCAGCGACGGCAGCAAGCCGUGGUCGGUGGAGGAGGGUUUCGCCGGUCUUGAUCUGGAUGCUAUCUCGCCCGCGGAGCUGGCAAGUCUGGCAUAG